CGCACCCCAAUUCCACAACUUCGCCAAAUCUUGUCUUUGCGAUGGAGAAUGUUGCCGUGCUGAUUGUUGGUGCCGGUCCAGCAGGCCUCGCGACGGCAGCAUGCCUUACCCAAUUCUCCAUUCCCUAUGUCAUUGUCGAGCGCGAGGACUGCAGCGCGUCACUUUGGCGCAACCGCGCAUACGACCGCUUGAAGCUGCAUCUUGCAAAGGAGUUUUGUGAGUUACCACACAUGUCAUACCCAGUAGAUGCACCAACAUACAUACCAAAAGCAUUGUUUGUCAAGUAUUUGGAUGACUAUAUUAUGCGUUUCAAUAUUCAACCCAAGUAUCUCACUAGCGUGGAGUCAUCCACAUAUGACAAUGACAAUAAGUGUUGGUCCAUCGUGGCCCGUGACAUGGUGGAGAGCACAACAAUGAAUUUCAGUGCAAAGUUCCUUGUUGUGGCCAGUGGUGAGAAUAGUGCCGAGAAUAUUCCGGUGAUCCCUGGACUUGACGGUUUUCCGGGUGAGGCCAUCCAUUCGUCAAGAUACAAGUCAGGAAAGAGCUUCUCCGGUAAGAGUGUGUUGGUCAUUGGAUCUGGCAACUCAGGGAUGGAAAUUGCUUAUGACCUCGCGACCCAUCGUGCCAAUACUUCGAUUGUUAUACGAAGCCCGAUUCAUGUAAUGACGAAGGAACUCAUCCGGUUGGGGAUGACACUAGCCCACCAUCUUCCACUGAAUCUAGUGGAUAACCUCCUUGUUAUGGCCGCAAAAUUCAUAUUUGGAGACCUAUCAAGGAAUGGCAUCACAAUGCCAAAAAUGGGUCCAAUGAUGCUCAAGUCAAAAACCGGCCGAUCCUCUGUGAUUGAUGUUGGCACUUGUUGGGUUAAUAAAAAAGGAAUCAUCCAAGUUGAAGGAAGCAUUAGUAAAAUCAUGGGAAAUAUAGUUAAAUUUCAAAGUGGUGAUGAAAUCUCAUUUGACGCAAUUGUGUUUGCAACUGGAUACAAGAGCACAACAAACGUGUGGCUCAAGAAUGGUGAGAGCAUGUUAAAUGACAAUGGACUGCCUACCAAAGAUUAUCCGAAUCAUUGGAAAGGUGAAAAUCAGCUUUACUGUGCUGGAUUGGCGAGGAGAGGAUUGGCCGGUAUUGCCGCGGAUGCCAAUAAUAUCGCCAAUGACAUUAAAUCUGUGAUAUCAUCUAUGUCCGGCUAA